AUGCGCGCGCCCCCGACUCGGCCAACGGAAGCAGGGAGGAGGAGCCGCCUUUCCGUUACACGGCUCCGCCGCAGGCCCGCCAUGACCGCCUCAUUCCCCGCGGCCCCGUCUCCGCACUGCCGCCGCCGUCACGGCUGCCGUCGCCGCUACCGCCACGGCCGCCGCCCCCUCUGUCGCUGCCACCCCGACGACGACCGCGCCACCAUCUUGGGCGUGCUGCGUCAAAAAUUCCUCCAUAAAAUAUGGUUCUAUAAUGGAAGAAUUUUGUCUUGUUCACUGGUCUGUUGGUGGCAAAGUUGGCACAGUCAUACCGCUUCUCUAUUAAGAAACAGAAUCAGUUAUGCCUUCGGACUGAUUCCACCAAGUAGUGUAGAAGAAAAAGACAACAGAUCCAUUCAUAUUAGAAAAUAUAUGAAUGUGAUAUUGGAAGUGGAGCUCAAAGAUCAGCUUUUUCAUCUUGUACUGAAGUUUUAACUAACAAGAUCCAGUGAAACAGGUUUGAUUAAAGAACGACGCUGCAGGGUAUGGGGCCUGAUAUACAGCCCCCACUGAAGGAGGCUUCUGAUGCAGUCCUGAGGUGCAGAGGAGUUAAUUCCUAUGAAGUGAACUUCAAACAGUGGGGAAUUGGAGAUGGGAGAGAGGCAGGUAAAUACAUUUCUCUUCUUUCUUUCUCCCAUGGAGUGAUGUUUCCUCUCUAUAGUCCAAAUGGAAAAAUCCACGGACCAAGUGGAUGCACCUGCAGAAUGGCCUGCUCUGUCUCUCCCGGAGUGUGGUACUUCAGUUGCCACCAAGGCCAUGCAUCAUUUUUCCUGGUCUGACAUGUUCUUUUCCUGUUUCCUCACUGUCAUACAUUUGUAACUGCCGGAUGAAGGCCAGUGCUCUACUCCUUGUUUUGGGUUCUGCUGUCUACUGGCUUUGAGCUCUGAUUUGAAGCAUUGUUGUCUCCAUGGUGUUUAUUUGUUGUAUAAAUCUUUGGUCAGUUUUUUGCAGAGACACUGUAAUAUGAAGUGAGUGAAUGAUAAUUUUAAUGAGCUAAUGCAUAUUUUAGGUUUGCUUUACAUGCUUAUCUUUUUAAAUAAAAAAAGAAGUUGGCGUAAGUAAUCAACUUGGAAAUUAAUCUAAAUAAUACAUGUGUACUUGUCCUUUCUGGAGAUGUUUUUCAAAAUUUUUUUUCUAGCUCUAGUAUCUCACUUUAGUUAGGAUCCAUAAAAAAAAAAGCAGAAGAGGUGUAAAACUGUAGUUAAUAAUUGAGAUUUGAAUUAUGACAGCCACUUGCUUCCUGAGUCUCUUAAUCUAUUUGCACUCUACCCCUGCUCCCCAUAAUCUGUAUUAAUAUAAUUCUUUAUACAUAUUUUUAUGUACACAUUUUGUCAUGAUUAUUUUACAGAAAACAUGCAUGUCUACUUGUCAUACUUUUGCUUUUCUUUCUCAAUAUUUUACUCUCUGUUUUCACAGGCUUAACUUUUUAGAUUCCACAGACAGAGUCAUUUCAGUAUUGAUGCAUUGACACUUUUAUUUUGAUGGUAUGAACCCUCAGGAGUGAAAUUACUAAAUCAAAGGGUAGACAUUUCACCUGUCAUCUCCUUAGCAAAACAUCCUGCUUUUAUUUGGAAACAAGAGGCUACUCACUACUGUAUUCAGUUCUUAAGUCCUAACUUCCUAUCCCCUCCUUUUGGUUUUUGUGUGUAUAUUAAUUUUUCUCCCCAACCUGAAUGCCCCCUUUUGGCUUUACAAUAAAAGUUGGUUCCUGCUACCACCCUGCCCUCAGCAGCAAAGCUGGGUUUGAUCAGGCCAGGACUCUGGAGGCAAUCUGACCCUUCACUCUCCGGAAGUCCGCCUUGGGGCAAGACACUUCAUCUUCCCUGGGUCCCAGUUUAAUUGUUUAAAAAAUGUAAAAAUACUGUCUUCUUCAAGAAGUAUUAUAAGAAUACUUUUUUGCCAUUGUCACUCUUAAGCCGCUCAGACAAGUGGAAUAAGCUUGAGACAGGCCUAGUUUUAUGACUCAGUUUCAUUUAUCAUUUGCUCUUAUUGUGGCAUGGAGUACAUCAUGAUGUCUGCAAUUUCAGAUCCUUAGUUUAUAAAUAGGAGAAUUUAUAUGAACUUAGUAUAUUUUAU